AUGGAGUUCUAUAGGAUCCUUUCAGCUACCUUGUUGUCUCUGCUGUUUCUUACAUGCAAUGCUUCUAAUUCCAAGUUAUUCCGGGAGUAUAUCGGUGCGGAAUCCAACUCGAUGAAGCUCUCCGACGUGCCUAUAAACUCGAAAGUCGAAUUUCACUUCAUUCUGGCCUUUGCAAUUGACUAUACCGAUGACAAUCAUCCAUCACCUACAAAUGGGAAGUUCAAUGUAUUUUGGGAAACCAACCACUUGGGUCCAGGCCAAAUUGGCUCAUUUAAAGGUAGCAACUCAAAUGUGAAAAUUGCUGUUAGCUUAGGGGGUGAUAGUGUAGGUAGUGGCAAAGCCUUUUUUGCACCUAAAUCAAAGACAUCUUGGGUUCAAAAUGCUGUUUAUUCACUUACUUAUAUGAUCAAUAAGUACCAUAUCGACGGCAUCGACAUCGACUACGAACACUUCAAGGCCAGCCCUGAAAUGUUUGCAGAGUGUAUUGGACAGCUUAUAACAAUCCUGAAAAAAAGUGGGACUAUUUCAUUUGCUUCAAUUGCUCCCUAUGAAGAAAUUAAUAGCCACUACUUAGCUUUGUGGAGGAAAUAUGGGCAUGUGAUUGACUAUGUAAAUUUCCAGUUUUAUGCCUAUGAUAAGCUCAGUGUUUCCCAUUUUAUAAGUAACUUCAAAAAGCAAGCCUCUAAUUAUGAGGGAGGCCAAUUGUUGGCCAGCUUUGAGAGCGGUGGCGGUGGCGGCCUAAAACCGGCUAAUGGUUUUUUCGAAGCCUGUAAUGAGUUGAAAGAUCAAGGAAAGCUCGGUGGCAUCUUUAUAUGGUGUGCUGAGGAAUCAAAAAACAAGGGGUUUCAAUAUGAGAAGAAAUCUCAAGAUCUACUUGCUGCAUGA